GCCCUGCCUCACACAGUCAUGGAAAGAUAAAGAUUGGCAAAAAAAUAUUCAAGCAGUUGCUACUUCUACACAGCUCUUACCCCAGAGGCCACGAGUUCCUGUUCAGGGGAAGCUGGAGUCACAGGGCGAUACAAGAGAAAGGACAAUUGAUUGAGGUGAGAGACUUAUUUGGCUCAGACCUGGGUACCCAGGAAGAGCAUCGCACAGUUGUUCUGCAUGGGGCUGCUGGAAUCGGGAAGUCAACCCUGGCCAGGCAUGUGACAGAAGCCUGGAAGAAGCACCAGCUGUUCAGGAACCGCUUCCAGUAUGUCCUCUACUUCAACUGCAGAGAGCUGGUCCAGUGUAAGGUAAUGAGUCUCACUGAAUUAAUCAUAAAAGGCUGGGUUGCCCCCGAGGCUCCCAUUGCAAAGAUCCUGAUUUGGUCAGAAUAUGUGCUUGUCAUCCUUGAUGGUUUAGAUGAAGUGAAAUGGGUCUCGAAGGAGCAGAGGGCUGAGCCCUGCCUGCCCCAGAGCUACCAUCAGCCAGUGGAGAUGCUUCUGUGCCGUUUGCUGGAGAAAACCCUACUUCCUUGUGCCUCACUGCUGAUCACAGCUCGGACCACAGCCCUGCAUAAGUUCAUUCCUUCUUUGCAGCAGCCACGUUGGGUGGAGGUCCUGGGGUUCUCCGCGUCUUCUAGGAAAGAAUAUUUCUACAGAUAUUUCACAGAUGUAAGUCAAGCCAGCAGAGCCUUUCGCUUGGUGGAAUCAAACCAAGCACUCCUGACUCUGUGUCUCAUGCCUUUGGUGUCCUGGCUGGUCUGCACUUGCCUGAAGCACCAGAUGGAGUUGGGGGCUGAACUCUCUCUGACAUCAAGGACUGCCACAGCCCUCUAUCUGCACUACCUCUCCCAGGUUCUCCCAGCUCAGGCCCUUGGGACUCAGCUGAGGGGUGUCUGCUCUGUAGCUUUGGAGGGUAUCCUUCAAGGAAAGACCCUGUUUGGUAUAGAGGACCUCACCAAGCACGGAUUAGAUAGCAGCGUCAUCGCCACUCUCUUAAGGGCGGGUGUUCUUCAAGAGCACUCCCCCUUUCAGAGCUGCAGCUUCAGUCACCUGUGUCUCCAGGAGUUCUUUGCUGCCAUGUCCUGCGUACUGGGGGAUCAGGAAGGGAAAGGUGAUCAUUCUAACACCACUGGAAGCAUGAAAAAGUUGCUAGAAGUAUACAGGAGACCUCACCUGUUUGGGGCACCAAUCAUGCAUUUCCUAUUCGGCCUUUUGAGUGAGCAGGGGGCCAGAGAGAUGGAGAAUGUUCUCCAUUCCAAGCCCUCUCAGGAGAGGAAUCGGGAAUUGCUGUUGUGGGCCGAAUCGGAAGUCCAGAACGAGCAUUCCUCCCCGUGGCCCUACUCCGUGCAACUACUGCGCUGUUUGUAUGAAAUUCAGGACAAGAAGUUCCUGACACAAGUGAUGGCCCAUUUCCAAGGAACGAGGUUGGGCAUCCAAACAGGCGUGGAGCUCCAGGCAUUCAUUUUCUGCAUUAGAUUCUGCUGCCACGUGAAGAGGCUUCAACUGAAUGAGGGCAGGCAGCGCGCACACUUGUGGAGGCCCCCAGGGGUAGUGCUGUUGAGCUGUGUCCCCAUCACAGAUGUCUGCUGGCAGGUUCUCUUCUCCACUCUCCGGGUCACUGGGAGCCUGAAGGAGCUGGACCUGAGUGGAAACUUCUUGAGCCACUCUGCAGUACAGAAUCUCUGUGAGGCCCUGAGAUGCCGACGCUGCCGCCUAGAGACCCUGCGGUUGGUUGGCUGUGGCCUCACAGCUGAAGGCUGCAAGUCCCUUGCCUCUGGACUGAGCACCAGCCAAACCCUGGUGGAGCUGGAAUUGAGCUUCAACAUGUUGCGGGACCCUGGAGCUAGGUGGCUUUGCUGUGGCCUGAAAAAGCCAAGUUGCAAGCUGCAGCGAUUGUUGCUGGUCAGCUGCGGCCUCACGUCUGACUGCUGCUGGGCCCUGGCUUCCACGCUAAGGGCCAACCCCAGGCUGACAGAGCUAGACCUGCAGCAGAACUACGUGAACGACUGGGGCGUUAGGCUGCUCUUUGAAGAGCUCAGGCAGCCUACCUGCCAACUCAUGGUCCUGCGGCUAGACCAGAUCCAGCUGAGAGAGGAGACAGAAGAACUGAUAAAGGCCCUGAAGGAGGAGAAGCCUCAGCUGCUCAUCUCCAGGAGUUGGAAGCCAAGUCUGACCAUCUCCAAUGAGGGCCCAGACGGAGAAAAGAUGAGUGGUGACGGAUCUCCACCUAAGCAGCAGAGACAAGAAUCAGAGGGAAGCUCCCCUCAGGUAGCACAGGAGAAACCCCUCUGCCUGUCUUCUCCGGCCGCUCCCGACGACCUGCACGCGGAAUCUCUGAGGCCCGAAGAUGACUUCUGGGGCCCCACAGGGCCUGUGGCUGUCAAGGUGGUUGACCAAGAGAGGAGCCUUUACCGAGUUUACUUCCCCAUGGCCGGCUCCUACCACUGGCCCCACACAGGUCUCCACUUUGUGGUGAGAGGGCCCGUGACCAUUGAGAUUGAAUUCUGUGCCUGGGACCAGUUCCUGAACAAGACCGUCCCACGUCCCAACUGGAUAGUUGCAGGACCUCUCUUUGACAUCAAGGCUGAGCCAGGAGUCGUGGCAGCUGUGUACCUCCCCUCCUUUGUGGCUCUCCAAGAGAGCUGUGUGGACAUCUCCUGGUUCCAAGUUGCCCACUUCAAAGAGGAGGGGAUGGUCUUGGAGAAGCCAGCCAUGGUGGCGCCAUAUUACGCCGUCCUGGAGAACCCCAGCUUCUCCCCCAUGGGAGUUCUGCUGAGAAUGGUCCACACUGCCCUGCGCUUCAUUCCCGUCAUCUCCACAGUGAUGCUCUACCAUAACGGCCAUCCUGAGAAAGAGAAAGUCACCUUCCACCUCUACCUGGUCCCCAGCGACUGCUCCAUUCAGAAGGCCAUAGAUGAUAAAGAAAGGAAGUUCCAAUUUGUGCAAAUUCACAAGCCACCCCCACUGAACCCGCUGUACUUGGGCAGCCGCUACAUUGUGUCUGGUUCCAAGAAGCUGAAAAUUAUGCCAAAGGAGCUGGUACUCUGCUAUCGGAGCCCCGGAAAACCCCAGAUAUUCUCUGAAUUGUACAUUGGCCAUUUGAGGUCAGGGAUCAGGCUGCAAGUGACCAACAAGGAAGAUGGGAUUGUGGUAUGGGAAGCCUUGGUGAGACCAGGAGACCUCAGACAUGCAGCUGCUCCAGUCCCUCCAGGCCCCAUAGCCUCACCUUCACCCUCAAAAGCCCUGGGCUUGCUUCACUUCGUGGACCGGUACCGGGAGCAGCUGGUGGCUCGAGUGACAUCAGUGGACCCCAUCCUGGACAAGCUGCAUGGACAGGUACUGAGCGAGGAGCAGUAUGAGGGGGUGCGGGCUGAGGUCACCAAGCCAGACCAGAUGCGGAAGCUGUUCGGCUUCAGCCGGUCCUGGGACUGGGCCUGUAAGGACCGCCUCUAUGAAGCCCUGAAGGAGACCCACCCUCACCUCAUUUUGGAGCUCUGGGAGAGGUUGGGGAUGGAGAAGACCACUGGGGCUUCUUGCCAAACUCAGAAGCUGUCUGAACACCUGCUCUGAUCCCGGCUGGCUCCUGGGCCUGUUUCUUUAUCUGUGAACAAUUGCCACCUGAGUUGCCUUCUCAGCCUAAAGUUAUGAAACUUUGACAAUGGCUUUGCCAGGUGUAUCCAUGCCCGGGGAUGCCACCCAGGCCCCUAGACUGCCUUCCAUGGCUUUCAUGGGCCAGCCAUCCAGGUAGGAUGAUAGCAUCUCAGGGAAUGUCCACUGGGAGCUGGAAGGACUUCUGCAGGCUUAUAGAAGCCUAAUCCAAGAACCUGGUUUGGGGGCCACUGCAGCCAAGCUUAGAGCCCCCUCUGGACCAUCCUCGUGACGAGGAGUAAGGAAGACAUGGGACCGGCCACCCCUGGCUGGAGACAAACAAUGGAAAUGGACACCUGGUUGAGGGGGGUGUUGACUGGCUUGUGAACAGGGGCAAAGGCAGAUUGGCUUUUCACUUGCCCACACUGAGCUUGGUUUUUGUAUUAGUCCCAACUGUGCUUCAUUGUUUCUGAAGUCGAGAUGGAUCCUGAGAGCCAGGAGAGGGUGAAGAAGGAGGGGGGAUGAAGGCGUAGUGGCAGCCCAGAUGUCCCUUCCUGUGGUGCCAACCCUAGAGAAAUAAAAGCAGAGGUCCAUAUAAAGUUUUAUACACUAAAUAAAUUUU